AUGCCUCUGUUAGAAGGGUCGAGGCAGGCCUCGCCUACCCCGAAUCCCAACUCUCCCGACCCUGUCCCUGCGGCCAUCUUCAACCGUCGCCCCAGCGAACAGUUUUCCGAUUUGGCUCGAGUCGCAAUCAUGACAAAUGCAUCUGCCUCUUCUCAUGAGGGCGAAUCCUUAAAUCAUGUCGCAUACCACUCCAGUCUGAUGCCUCCUCCCAAAACCGCCUUUGGCAGGUCCGCAUCUAAUUUGUCCACGCAUAAACCAUCGACAAGUACCUGGGGCAGAGCCUUGACGGACACUCCUGCUCCCAGUGCGCCCACAAGUCCGCAGAUACAUGCUCGAACCAGUUCAAACGUGUCAGGGUCAGCGACUCCCAAAAUCCGUGCCACCACCCUCGAUAUCCCCGGGUUGACUAGAUCCAAAGUCUCCCCGAAUGGUCAAAUAUCAGAAAGAGAUGUUGCAGCCAAGCUCAUUAUCAUCAUGGUCGGUCUACCCGCCCGGGGAAAGAGCUACAUCGUCAAGAAGAUUGCUCGAUACUUGAACUGGUUACAGCACCCAACCAGGAUAUUCAAUGUUGGAGAUCGUCGAAGAGUUGCAGCUGGUGUUGGUCAACCUAUCCCCGAUCGAACGACUGCCGCACUGAGGGAAUCUGUACGUCGAAUGAGCUCUACAACUAAGGGACCUCAGUCUAUUGUUGAUCAUGGAGAACUACUCCCACCGCCUGCCGUUGAGACUAAGAUUCUCAUUAAUGGCGAAGUAACCUCAUCUCCCAUAAGUCCGUUACAAAUGAACGGAUCGACCAAGUUUGAGGAUGAUAAGAAAGACCCGAUUCAGCUGUCUGGGCCCGAACCUAUGGAUCAGUCUGCGCAAUUUUUUGACCCAAACAAUACCAGAGCCAAGCAGUUACGAGAACAGGUGGCCCACGCAGCCUUGGACGAGCUCUUGAAGUACGUUCUUGAAGACGGCGGAUCGGUCGGAAUCCUGGACGCCACGAAUCAUACCCGGGAGCGACGUCUGUCGUUGGUCAGGCACAUCCGGGAGCGCGACGAGAACAUCAAUAUCCUCUUUGUCGAAUCGCGAUGUCAAGAUCAGAACUUGCUGGAAGCAAACAUGCGACUGAAAUUGUCAGGUCCAGAUUACAAAGGCAAGGAUCCAGUGACAGCGUUCCUGGAUUUCCAGCAACGUGUCCAACAGUAUGAAAAGUCAUACCAGAAACUAGAUGAGUUCGAGGAAGAACACAACAUGGCGUAUUGCUCCAUGAUUGACGUGGGGCGGAAAAUGGUGACGCAUCAAGUCAAGGGUUUUCUCUCCAUACAAACCGUCACGUACCUGAUGAACUUCAAUUUGGCACCGCGACAAAUUUGGAUCACCCGACAUGGAGAGUCCAUGGACAACGUCAAUGGCAAAAUCGGUGGCGACAGCUCGUUGAGUCCUAAUGGUGUGAGAUAUGCUCAGGCCCUCGCCAAAUUUAUUGGGGUAGAAUGGAAGGCAUGGGAAGAGUACCAGGCCGAAAAACAAGCAAACACCCAUUUUCCACCGCUUCCAGGCGACACGACACCGCCAAAUCCGGAAUAUACGGCACAAACACUGCAGCAGCGGAAUUUCUGCGUGUGGACGAGCAUGCUGAAACGGAGUAUCGAGACGAGCCAGUAUUUCAACGACGAGGAGUUCGAUAUCAAGCAGAUGCGAAUGCUAGACGAACUCAACGCUGGAUCAAUGGAGGGCAUGACCUACAGUGAAAUUCGAGACAAGUUUGCGCACGAGUAUGAGCUCCGAAAACGAGACAAGCUCCAUUACCGGUACCCUGGUCCCGGCGGCGAGGGAUAUCUGGACAUCAUCAACCGGCUGGGAAAGGUCAUCCUCGAAAUAGAAAGAAUGACGGACCACGUCCUGAUCAUCGGCCAUCGAAGUAUUUGUCGAGUUCUCCUGGCCUAUUUCAUGGGGCUCAAGCAAGAGGACAUUAGCGACCUGGAUGUUCCAUUGGGUGUGGCAUAUAUGCUCGAACCGCGACCAUACGGCGUCGAGUUCAAAGCAUAUCGAUGGGAUCCUGCCACGGAUCAAUUUCUCUAUGAGCCAGACUAUCGGAUGAGGCGAGCUAUUGACCCACAAGCCUGA